CAAGACAGUGGUGUCGCUAAUGGCGGAGAGUCACAGAGAUCCCGGUUCAAAAAGUUGGUCCCAGCAGUGAAGUUUGGAGGCGAAAAAAAAUAUCGGUCGGACCGGGUCCAGGAGAGAGAGAGAGCGGGAGAAAUCGACUGGAAGUUGACCCUGAGCUUACAGGGCACAAACUGAAGGUUGGAACUUACAACUGGGAGAAACUUAAACAGGAAAACAGUUUAACUUGAAAACAAAAUAAGUUUUUUUUCACCUGGUCGAAAACUUUUCAACAAAGUUUUGUUUUAGGUUGCUGGUGGUGACCGGUUAAAUUAUUUAUUUUUAAUUUCUCGAUUCUUAAGGUUAUUUUCUUUUUUUUUGCGGGAAAGUUUGAGCAGACAGAGAGGAGGAGGAGGAGCAGUUUUAAAAAAACGUACCCGGACAAGUCUAUACCAAGUGGAUGCAUUUCUGAUCUGUUGUUGCACUGAAGUCACCCAAGUGAAUGCACGGCUGUGGGGAGAGCUGCGUUUCCCAUGAAGCGGUAGAGUCCUUGCUGGAAGGGGGAAGGGAGUUGUGGAGGGAGAGGGACACUUAUUUUCCUUGUUCCCCGAACUGUGGAGGACCAGAUGGAGAUGGUGCUAAACAGGUAGGUCCAAGAGCGAGAUCCUUCUCCAUCUCUGAUGGAGCCUUUGAGGAACAUCUUUGGCAGGGCCUCCUGGAACUCUCCCAAGUCCCCUGUGACCGAGGAGGCUGAGGCGGCGUACAUCAACCCCAUCUGGACAGCCCUGUUUGACUAUGAGGCCCAUGCCACGGACGAGCUGACGCUGCGCAAGGGUGACCGGGUGGAGAUCCUGUCCAAGGACUCGGCCAUCUCCGGAGACGAGGGCUGGUGGGCGGGGAAGCUGCACAACCGGGUGGGCAUCUUCCCGGCGAACUACGUGUCCUUCAAACCGGCCGGCUACGCCAAACUGCCGGCGGGCCAGCAAGAGGAGCUACCUACCCCGAGGGAGGUGGCGUUCAGCGAGCUGACCCUCCAGGAGGUGAUUGGGGUCGGGGGCUUCGGCAAGGUCUACAGGGCCACCUGGAGGGGGCGGCUGGUGGCGGUGAAGGCGGCCAGGCAGGACCCUGACGAGGACAUCAGUGCCACAGCCCAGAACGUCAAGCAGGAGGCCCGGCUGUUUGCCAUGCUGAGGCACCCCAACAUCAUCGGGCUGAUGGGCGUGUGUCUGCAGGAGCCCAACCUCUGCCUCAUCAUGGAGUACGCGUCGGGCGGGGCGUUGAACCGGGCCCUGGCUGGCCGAAGGAUCCCGCCCCACGUCCUCGUCAAUUGGGCCGUGCAGAUCGGACAGGGCAUGAGGUACCUCCACGACGAAGCCAUCGUCCCCGUAAUCCACCGGGAUCUCAAAUCCAACAACGUUCUCCUGUUCCAACCCAUUGUGGACGAUGACAUGGAAGGGAAGACGCUGAAGAUCACCGACUUUGGACUGGCCCGUGAGUGGCACAAGACAACUAAAAUGAGCACAGCUGGCACUUAUGCCUGGAUGGCCCCUGAGGUGAUCAAGACCUCUACUUUCUCCAAAGGGAGUGACGUAUGGAGCUAUGGGGUGCUGCUCUGGGAGCUGCUAACAGGGGAAGUCCCCUAUAAAGGGAUCGAUGGCCUUGCUGUUGCCUACGGUGUGGCGGUCAACAAGCUUACACUCCCUAUCCCUUCAACCUGUCCAGAAACGUUUGCUCAGCUGAUGUCAGAAUGCUGGGACGAGGACCCGCACCGCCGGCCACUGUUCGCCUCCAUCUUAGAGCAGCUGACAGCCAUUGAAGAGCAGGUGCUGCUGGAGAUGCCCCAGGAGUCCUUCCACUCCAUGCAGGAUGACUGGAAGCUGGAGAUUCAGGACAUGUUUGACGAGCUGAGGGCCAAAGAGAAGGAGCUGUUGUGCCGUGAGGAGGAAUUGAAGCGGGCAGCACUUCAGCAGAAGUCACAUGAGGAGUCCCUACGCCAGCGGGAACAUGCAUUGGCGCAGUGGGAACUGGAUGUCUUUGAGCGUGAGCUCAGUCUCCUCAUCUACCAGAUGAACGCCGAGAAGCCCAAUGUGAAGAAGCGGAAGGGCACCUUCAAGAAGAACAAACUGAAGGUGAAAGACGGCCAAUGCAUCAGCCGGCCCAUCGAUUUCCAGCACAAGCUCACUGUCCAGGCCUCGCCGGUGCUCAAUAAGAAGAAAGGCUUGUUUGAUGUCGGCUCCAGCUUGGCCAAUAGCUCAACCUUUGUCCCACGGCUGAGGGCGAUCCAGUUGAUUCCUAAUGAGAGCAAUGGCGCAUGGAGCAGGUGUCCAGCCUGGGGCCCCGAAAACUCCGACGGGGAGGAAUGUGGAAAAGGAGAGAGGAGACCUGGAUGCACCCGGCAAAACAAUGUGACAAAACCCUGGGAAGCACCAGCUGAUGGAAGGACAAGACCUCGAGUGGAUAAUGAAAUAUGGAUUGCUGAAUCCGGUGAUGAGGGGUCAACUCCAUCUUCAACAAACUCCACUGGAGACUCUAAUCCAGCCGACGACGCCAGGAACGGUGAGCAGCUCUCCAUCGACGCCCAUCAUCUACCUCAGGCCGCCGACGAACGCUUCAACAAUGGCGGCGGACCAGGCGAAGACCGCGGGCCGUUGAAGAGCCCGCGCCGGGCGUUGCUAGGCAGCGCCGUCGUGCUUGCGUCAGUCGCGCUCGGGCGCAACCUGCAGCGCCUGCAUCUGGCCGACGUCUGGGAGGCCGACGUCACGACGCCGCCUGGUUCCCAUAGCGACGGCGGCUCGCCGCACCUGACGCACUGCAAGAAGGCCAGAAAGGACGCCAGCGACCCGCCCAGCGACCUCAUCCGCUUCGCCGACGGCUUCGACUCCUCCGAGGUGCUGAUCGAUCUGAGUGCCCCCGACCUGACGCCUGUCAGCGACCAGCCCUUACUGUUGCCCGGACCCCCAGUGACUCCGAGGAGGGAGCGGAGGCGGGUCAGCGGGGGUAGGCCACCAGAGAUCAGCGCCGACACCGCAGGUGAGGCCACCUCCCCCGCGAGGCUGAGGGACCAGGACACAGCCGGCUUUCCCUCCGUCCCUGGUCACCGGCACCACCGGACCUGGCAGCGAGCCGAGCACCCCAAAACCACCGCCCUCCCUCGGCCUCGCCCUUCGCCGGCACGGGCCAGGAUCGACCCCUGGAGCUGCGUCUCCACCGGCCCCAGCGACCCGGGCCGCACCCCGGCCAGCCUCCAGCCGGACCCCUUCAGCUCGCCGGGGCUGCGGGCGCCCUCCCUCAGCAACCCCUUCCGCCCCCCGGCUGCUCCCCGCCAGGGCGGGGCACCCUGGGUGCGGCUCUGCCCCCCAGGACCCAAGAACCCCUUCGCCUCCGCCGACCCCUUCCCCCUGCCCACCGCCGCCGCUGCCGAGAGAGCUGGUUUCUCGAGCUGCCCCUUCUCCGGACUCAAGUUCAACCCCUCCGGGAGGCAUCCACCGUUACUGCCGCCAGCCACCCAGGAACAGAGCCUCAUUGACUUGGACUCCGAGGUAUGGACCAAAGACUCUCCCUCACCCACCUGGGACGUGGGCAAGUUAGUGUAGAGAGGAGGACUCACCAACCUUGAUUGGAAACGUUCCUCCCUUUGGACUCCAACUGCCCAAUCAUCUCGUAGACGGAUAAAAGACGGAAAAGCGGCUACUUCUUGAUGGGUGCCAGCUGGAAGUUACUUCCCCAGCCUUAGAGGAUGGUCACCCCCUCCUCCCUCUCCCUCACCCACCCACUCCAAGUCCCGUCAGGGUGUUAGGGGGAGGGUUUGAGACGGGGGUGCCCAGGAGGCAGUAGGGACGGGGGUGACCUUUGCCGGGCUCAGUCAAAGACUGGGACGCAGGCACCUCGCAGAAAUGUUGACCUGCAAGCGGGGGGGGGGCGGUGCUGGGGGCACAGAAUGAGAGGCCGCAACCUCUGAGCCCAGCAGGACCCGCUGGCAGCUAGAGCUGGCCCUUCUGGGCCUCCUGGUAUUUUUAGGAAAAUAACUUUUACAAAAGAGGGACAAAAAAAAUAAUAAUUAUUAAAUAAAACGUUCUGACAUCUCUCUGCUGGUUUAUUCCUUCUUGGUGGCUGUGCUCAGGCCCCCGAGUCCCAGCAGCACACCAGUUUGGGAAUCGGCACUUUCUUCUGUACCCUCUCGGUCGUCUCCCCCACACUGACUGGUGGCUCUCAGUCCCUCUCUCUCAGUCUAAUAGUACAGGCAGUCUCCGCGUUACAGAGGACCUGACUUGCAGAGAACCAACUUUACACAAAUUCUCCCAGGUCAAAAAAAUUUCUUUCAGAUGUUCAUCCUUUUGGGGGAAAAAAAAUGUUACUGAGACCUAAAAAGAACACUGAACUUCCUUAUAGCCAAACCAGAAAUGAGUGAUUUCUUCCCUUAUCAACGGUGAAGAGAAAAAGUUAGUCGUGUGAGGACGCUGUUAGUCCCAUACCCUUGCUAGACCACAGAAACAUCACCACCCAUAAGAAAAUUUGAUAUUUCUUCCCCAGAUCAAGCAACAAUCAAAAACAUCCCCAUAGAAAUUCUUGGUUUGAACAUCAGUUAAGACUGGAAUCAGAUGAAGUUGACAGUCUGAACUCAGCAAUACAGUUACGGUGGAUAUUUUUAAAUGGAAAUUCAAUGAAUCAGUUAAAAAUCGUUAACGUUACAUUUCGGACAAUCUGCUGUCCAGUUAUUUUGUCCAGACAUCAGACUGUAAUAUCUGCACGUAUGUCGAUGCGGCAAAUUUGGUCUGUGGACAGUUCUCAAGAACGGAACCCUUGUGUAACCCGGGGUCUGCCUGCAUUUGUAAUCAAGGAAAGUACUGGUGCUGAAAACCUGAAAUAAAAACAAAGUGUGGGGGAAAAACUCAGGUCAAGCAGCAUCCAUGAGAAGAGAAACGCCUAAGGUUGAAGACCCUUCAUCAGGAUGGAAAAGGGGAGAAGGCAAGGUAGCAGAGAAGGUAGGGAGGGUGGCGGGUGGAACAAAGAUUGGUUGAGAUAAUAUAACCAAUAAGGAGCAGCUAACCUCCUUUCAAGAUGAAGGGUCUCAACCAGCAAUGUCGACUGUCCAUUUCUCCCCACGGAUGCUGCCUGACCUGCUGAGUUCCUCCAGCAGUUUGUGUGUUGCUCCAGAUUCCGGCAUCUGCAGUCUCCUGUGUCUCCGGUUAAUUCCUUUGUCUAUGUGAUGUGUUGCUAAUGUUGUGAAGUCAGGGUAAUGGUGUACACUCUGGCCUACUGGAACAUGGCCAGCAGACUAGAAUAUACAAAUGAAAGCGAGAAGGAACGGAGGAAUGGCAGGUCCUGACCCAGACAAGGGAGCAAGGUUGAAGACCCUUCGUCAGGAUGGAAAAGGGGAGAAGGCAAGGUAGCAGAGAAGGUAGGGAGGGUGGCGGGUGGAAAGUUGGGGAGUUCAGUAUGGAGUUUCUAAAGUUGGGGAGUUCAGUAUGGAGUCCUGCAGGCUGCAGUGCGCCCAGGCAGAAGAUGAAGCAUCCUUGGGCCUCGUUGUAUCAGUGCCCAUUGUGGCUGGCGUCUCUCAAUCUCCUCUCCCCAGCAGAUAACUUUGUGUCUCUCAGUCCCUCUGUCUCAGGGUGAUAUGUGUCCACCGAAAGGUGUCAGUG